ACUUGCUUUUGUAAACAUCUGUAUUGCUUUCUACAAACUUAGUCACGCUUUAUAUUGUUUGACUUACGACAGAGAUAAUAUGCAAAGUAAAUUACUCGCCAAAAAAUGCUAAGUAAAUAAAACCGAAAGCCAUAGAUGAUGCUUUCAGUGUUCAUCCUCCGAUCCGAUAUCAUCAUCAAUUUGCCCUUCUUCCAGAGACUUGCUAUUCAAUGAUCCCUCUCCUUUGUUCCAUUUUAUGCAAUCUUUUAGUUUCUAGUGGAUCUGCUUUUUGCGUCUAACGUGUUGUCAGCUAGCGCAGUCGCUCGUCGGCACUACAUUGAAUAAUUGCAUCGACGUCUGUUCGUUAUAUCUCCUACUAUUUAUACUUAAAUAAAUAACACGUAAAGUUCCGUCACCCAUUCUGUUGAAAAACAGUACUAUCCGUUCAAAAAUGAAAUAUUUCAUAUUAGUGUUUACUUGCAUAAUAAGACAACUAUAUUUAUGUUGAAAAUAAACUUAGGCUAAAAAUCUUGUUAAAUAACUGCUUCAUGCUUUUAUUAGUGUUUACUUGCAUAAGACAACUAAAAAAUGAUUGUUGUAGACUUAACAAAAAUGGUAUUCACUUAGCCUAAAAAUCUACUACACUUUGUCGGGAAAAUACAAUAGUAUCAGUUCAAAAAUGGAAUAGACACAUUCCAACAAUGCAAGAGAGCGGACAAAAAUACCAUAAACCCCAUAUGAAAAUGUUGUUGAUUCCAGAAAAAUUGUACACAUUGGUGUAGUUUUUUUAAAAUCAACAUUAGUGUAAAAAUACAAUAGAUAUUAAUGCAAAAUGCAAUCAAGAAAAAUGUUAUUUCAGAGGAAUCUUGCUGAAACCAACACAACGUGAACACAUGAGCUAAACCACUAUCUAGGUUUCGGGCUCUGGGCUUUUCUCUUGAUGGAUUUACUCAAAUGUUUCUAAUAGGGGUGCCCAAAUAAUCUUCUUGACAAAUCAAACCGACUAGCGGACUAUAACGGUAGGUGGGGGAUGGCUAUUUAUAGCUAGAGCAGUCCCGAGGGUGAAACGACUAUUUGGGGCCUCGAGGCCAGUCAAUGGUCAAACCGACAUGUUUCCAACGGUCAGAUUUCAAACGCACCUUUCAACUUUACUUGAGGAGCAAGUAAAGUUAACUCCUCUACUAGAGCAAUUCUCUCGCAACCGAGAAGAAUAUCAUCUCUGGCUGGCAAGUAAUUACUUUUCGCAUGAAGAGAUUUCUCUCAACUCACUUGGAUAUUUUUAGGUUAAGCAUCAUAAUAAAGACCAAAGGCUUGAAACAUCGAUCCCCUCUUAAAAGUACAGUGGUCCUAUGACUCAAUGGAAGAAAAUGAGACUAUGAAGAAAAUGCACAUCUUCACUUCGUCUUCAUUCUUCUUUGUUGUAGUCAUUUUCUCUCGGAUGCCUCGCGUACCAAUUGCUUCGAUUCAGCAACAUUUUCUGGGAGUCAUCUCCGACACGCAAUCACUUCGAUGGCAAUCUCCUCGAUUGCCUUAGCGUUCUUAUUUGCUUCAUAGAUAAUAGUCUUAUAAGUUUAUAGAAAGCUCCUUUGAACUCUAGGGACUGGUUGUGUGCACUAACAAACACAUUAUCCCCUCGCUGUUUCCGUCCAACAGUCUUCAAAACUCUCGGAGCACUUGAUUGCACCAAUAGUUUGGAAGCCUUAAUAACCAUUUCAGAGCGAACAUUAACUACCGGGUUGAAGAGCAGGGAGAAAUUGGCUUUCAAUAUUGUCAACGCCAACAAUUAUUUUUCCUGAAGUGACAAGAUUCCUUCAUUCAUUAAGAAGAAAAGAGUUGCUCGGUUAAUUAGGAAAACCCGAGCGAAAACCAAAAUGUCCAGUUUAUUAUGAAAAACCAGGCUAAACCAUCACAACCGCUAAGCAACACACACAAGAUACCCCACGCACACUAGGCGUCAUUGCGACAGCAUGCAGGCAUCAUCGUCAUCACUCCUCCCUUAUAAAGCAUCAUCGGCAUCCUUAAAUCCUGAGCAAACGACUCCAUCUUCGCCAUAGGCGAUAGUCAACUCAACCCGCACUGUAGAGGCCAUCUGAAGUGGUAUGAAGAUGCGCACCAGAACUCAGUCAUUUGCAACCAGACAACGGAGCUCCGUCUAUGAAGGAGAAUUACGAAGGACAAACCAGACGGGCUCAUUCCCUGGAAGAUUGAUUUCUCUUGAUGAAGCUUAUAUCUACGCAAUUUAGAAAAUUACAAUUGCAUUUUCGAUGAAGUUGUUAUUUUCUACGAUUGUAAAAGAGUACACUAAUAAAUUCCCUGCAAAAUAAGAGUACACUAAAAUUACACUUUUCAGCGGGAAACUUAGACAUAAAACAAUUCUUGGAUUACUUGGGAUUUAACAAAACCAAAUAUCUUCUCAACCCGCCAAAACAAAAUACUCCUCUUCUUCUCACAAGACGAAGGUGCCGCUCUCAAAUUCUCUUCUAUCCCAAAUCGCAACACGCAUCUCGAGUGCAUCUGAAAUCAGCACGCAUCGACGGAAAAAUAAACGACCGCACCCAUGCCAUGCCCCCGAACCGUCGCUGCCGUCGCCGUCCCCAUCCAAGCGGGCAGAUGAUGCAUGCGAAGUGAAAAGCAACAGAACUGAACUGAAACCGUGGGAGCCCUGCCGUCAUCACCUCCCGCCGGUAACCGGCCACACGCAACCGCGCCUCCGGUUUCGCCACCGUACGUGCCCACCACUCUCAGUCUUUCACACCCCCAAUGCCGACUGACAGACGAGCAAGCUAGCUAUAUAUAGGCCUAGCCCGCGGCCUUGAGCUAUAACCACUUCAACCAAGAAACCUUCUCUACUCAGUUUCAAUCCUCGCGUCCUUCGAUUGUUACAUGAUGGCGGAGACCAAGGCGGUGGCGUCUGCGGCGGGUCCGGCGGAGGAGGGAGGGAGCAAGACGGUGGUGCUGGUCGCCGUGGACGACAGCGACCACAGCUACCGCGCUCUCGAGUGGGCCGUGCGCCACGUGGCGGCGACGGCCGGCGUGCCCGGCGCCCGGGCGGUGGAGCUCGUCGUCGUCCACGCCAAGCCGUCCCCUUCCCCCGUGGUCACCAUGGGCGGCCCCGGCGUGUCCGGCGACGUGGUGAGGUUAGUGGAGGCGGACCUGCGCAAGAAGGCCGAGGGCGUCGUCGACAGGGCGCGCCGCCUCUGCGUCGCCAACUCGGUGCAGGGCGUGGUGGAGGUGGUCGACGGGGAGCCGAGGCACGUCCUGUGCAACGCCGUCGAGAAGCACCACGCCGAUCUGCUCGUCGUCGGCAGCCAUGGCUACGGCGCCAUCAAGAGGGCAUUGCUUGGAAGCGUGAGCGACUACUGUGCCCACCAUGCGCACUGCUCUGUGAUGAUAGUCAAGCAGCCCAAGUCCAAGAACUGAUCGACCGCCAUUUCCGGCGU